AUGUGGGAGGUGUAUGAGAAAGAAGCCCAAGAACAUCUGAUCAUGUGUGCCAAAAUAGCAUCACAACAGCUCAGCGAGGCUGCACAGACUGCCGGUGAAACAUCCCACCCGCCGGUGGGUGAGCAAACCGGUUGGGCUCUGGAACAACGCAUUCGACGAGUUGUGUUCGGUAUGUGGGAGAUUGAACCGACCUAUCACAGUGCCUAUCCACCGGAUAUUGCCUGUCUUCCGGUGAUUUAUGUCUGCGAAUAUUGUCUCACACCCAUGAGGCAUCGAGUCGCUUAUGACCGUCACCGGCAAGAAUGCACAUGGUUCACUCCGCCUGGCGAUGAAUUCUAUCGAAAAGAUGGUCUGUCUUUUUUCGAAGUGGAUGGUGAGAAACAACCGGUAAGUGAACAGUUAAUUCCACUGUGCUCUUUGUUCGCGGAUUUCAAUGCACAUUCCACAAAUGAUACCCUUUAG